CUACACGGAGGGGGUGCUCUGUGGUAGGAGUGGUUAACCGAUUUACCUGCUGAAUACGUUAUAUGACAAACGUUUGACGUUUGAUACAAUACAUUUUGACUCUAAGAAUGAGUACGCAUGGUGAAAUCACGUUGCUUUGGGAUAUAUGUUGAAACCUCGAAUUUAAACUGGACCCAAUAUUUUACGUAACUCAUGUAGGACUGUAUCCGAGUUUUUAAGAAUUAUGAAUUUAUAACAAAAUUAACGACUGAUGAAUUAAACGUAAUUAAGGGUUUCCUGUAUUUAUUUGUGAAACAUUAACCUCCAAGAUGAUGAUGCAACAGUAUAUGAAAGAAUUGGAGCAGGAACCAUUUGAUCCUGAAGAGUUUGUGGAAAGAAUGGCAUGGAGAACUGUUGGGGCUUCUCGUGAUGAAAAUCCUGGCAACUUCGAUCCUGUUUUACUUCAUGAAACAUUUCUGCAGGCAAUUAAAGAUCUACAAAUUCUACAAGAGAGACAACAGAAGAAAUGUGAACGUUUAGAAAUGAUUUGUAGAGAAGAAGAAAUAGGCCAUUGGCAGAAAGUUUCCCAGUUGCAAGAAAAAAAUAAAGUAUAAUUUUUUUUUAAAAAAAUUAAUUUAUUUUGUACAUAUUAUACAUAAGAUAUGCAUUGAGGGCUCAGUUGAGAUAAUCACAAGCCAAAUUUGAGCAGUUUUGGCAUACAGCAUCUUUUAACGUUUGGCAUACACUUACAAAUCAAUGGAGAGUGAAUCAGACAGGUAUUAUUCAACCCUAUGGGUAGAAAAUGGAAACUCAAUAUAAUGAAUGGUAAGAGAGGUGUUCAGAGAGGAUUCUGAUAUGGUCGACUUGAAAAACUGAAAAUUGUGGCUUAUGGCUUUGGCACACUGACCCAUUUGCAUAAAGAAACACAGCCUAACAAACGUAUGUUUUGUCCAGGGAGAGCUUUAUAAAUUCUGUGUUAUGUUGCAGGCUUCGGUAAAUCUUUUUCAAGAACUGGAUGAACGAAUCAAUUAUGUGGCCACUAAAGUUCUUCAUUUAGGAGAUCAGUUGGAAAGUGUUAACACUCCACGAGCUAGAGCAGUUGAAGCCCAAAAGCUUAUGAAUCAUUUUGCUGAGUUCCUAAGUCCUGGUCCGUUGUUGUCUGAAGUGUUUCAGUUCAAUUCACGAAUUGAUGAAGCUGCUGAUAUUAUUCAAAAGUUGCAUCUUAUUGCCCAAGAACUACCAUCUGGAAAAUUUGAGAAGGCAAAAAAGAAAAUUGCUCUGAAAUAUGAUGAGAUUGAGAGAUCUUUAAUUGAAGAAUUUGUCAAAGCUCAUCGCUCAGAUGACAAGGGUCGGAUGAAAGAAAUUGCUUCCAUACUCUCCCACUUUAAGGGUUACACACAAUGUGUGGAUGCUUUUAUUGAACAGAGCCAAAUGGGUGCCUUCACUAGUAAAGAUAUUUUUAGAGAUGUAAUCCCUUUAUGUGAAAAGAAUUUUUCGGUAAUGGCAGAAGUAUUCAGCAAUCCAGAUCAAGUGAUGGCAAAAUAUGUUUUAAAUAUUUAUCACCUGAGACUGCAGAAGUAUGCCAGUGAACAUUUAGCAGAUAGAAGUGAUGCUGAUAGAUACUUGAGGAAUCUGUAUGAUUUAUAUUCAAGGACUGUAAUGCUUUCAAAAGACCUGUCUCGGUUUAAAAUGGGAAAUGACCACACGUAUCUGAACAAACUUACAAGAAAUAUAUUUCAAAAAUAUUUGGAUUCCUACAUAAGUGUCGAAACGAAAUGUUUAAAAGAGAAAUGUGCAGGGGUUUUGCAAAAAUAUUAUGACUCUAAAAAUCAUCAAAAGAAACAAAUACAAACAGGAGGUUUUUCAGAUCUGCGGAGAGACUUGCAAGCUGUAAUUGGAACUCGUGCAAACUUGAACAUAGCACAAAUUGAAAACUAUGGCGGGGAAACAUUCUUGUCAGAAGAAGUAGCAAUAGCUCUUCUUCAAGAAAGCAAACUGGCGUUUCGUCGAUGUGAAGUGUUGUCUCGCCAAUCUGACUUACCAGGAAAUGCUAUACAGAUACUUGAAAUACUCCUGCAUUAUCUAAUAGCAGAGCAUGUUGAUUAUGCUCUAGAAUUAGGUCUGCAAGCCGUUCCAAUUCCUGAAACAAAAACGCCGCCACAAAUCUACUUCUUUGAUGUUGUCCAACAGUGCAAUGCUGCAGUCCAUCUACUUGAGAAACAGUUUAAUGAUAGUCUAGUACCUCUAGUAGUAUCCACCCCUAAACAUGGAGACUGUCUGCAGAAAAAGAAGUACAUUUUGGAGCAGAUUGAACUCAAAUUAGACACAGGUUUGGAUAGGUCAAUCAAUGCAAUUGUUGGCUGGGUUAAAAUAUAUUUGCAAACAGAACAGAAGAAAACUGACUACAAACCUGAAACGGAUUUAGACACCCUUGCUUCUCCUGCAUGCUUAGCAGUGGUGCAAUUUGUGAGCAGUAUGGUCGAGCGGAUAAGAGACAGCCUAGAUGGAAAAAAUGCAGAAUCUGUUAUGAUGGAACUGGGAUCCAGAUUCCACAGAGUAAUUUAUGAACAUUUGCAACAGUUUCAGUACAAUUCAGCAGGAGCAAUGGUUGCUAUUUGUGAUGUGAAUGAAUACAGAAAAUGUGUUAAAGAAUUGAAGGUUCCACUUGUAAAUGCUCUAUUUGAUACAUUACAUGCAUUGUGCAAUUUAUUGCUUGUAAAACCUGAAAACCUUAAGCAAGUGUGUACUGGUGACCAACUGGCUGGCUUGGAUCGAUCUAUUCUUCUUAAUUUUAUUCAACUACGCAAUGAUUAUAAGACACAAAAACUUGCUAACUGUUUGAAAGGACUUGCUACAUAAGGAUAUAAUUUUACAAUUUUCCACAUUUAUUACUUGUGUAUUUUAGCUAUAUAUAAAUUCAAAAAGAAUGUACAUAACUCUGAAAUUUUCUAUGAUGUUCAUGUAACACUACUUUGAGUACAAACUAAUGUCUAUUUAGCUCUACAGGUAAACUAAUAAAGUAUACUUACCUG